CUCGAGCUUUUCACACAUUUCAUUUUCCAAAACGGGGUUGAUCACACCUCGGGACGGAUCGCGCCGGACGUGUCCUGAUAUUGUUCCUGGGGCCUAAGGAAGCACGGUCUCACGUGCGGCACCACUAGAGACGAGACGCCCCCGGAUUGACCCGUGCGGUGGGCGACCUCAAAACCCGGCAUCUCCGGAAGCAGCAACAGCAGGAUGAAGAUUAGGCGAACCGUGCACGUCACUCGGAACGGAGGCAGUGUCUUUCAUCUGCUGCUUGUCACCAUGGCAGCGCUCGUGCGGCAGGUGACGACGGAGGACUGCGGCCAGGAGGAGCUGGUGCAGUGCACGCGACCGCUGCAGGUCCUAUCGGCCACAUCGGAGCUGUCGUUCGUUACGAAAAAGGAGGAACUGGAUAAACUUUGCCCGGAUCUGCACACCGGACUGCACUGUAUCCGCAGCUAUACCCGACGCUGCAUGAAUAUUCAUCAAAGAGAUCACUUCAACAAACUGUACCACGGCACUAAUGAAGUGAUACACGAGCUCUGCGAGGAAGGAUCUUAUCAGGAAGACUUUCUUAGGCAUGCACCGUGCAUGCGGCACGUGAAAAAGGACUACGAGGUCUGUGCGGCCCGGUACCAGAGCACGAUGGCCAAGAUCGGCCAAACGAUGGCAACCACAACGACGACAACGACGUCGUCCGCCUUUCAGUACCGCAUCGGCACUACGAUGGCCACACAUCCGGCAGCCGCUUUCAGCAGCGGCAGCGGCCAGUACCACACGAGUGACAGGAGCCAGCAGCAGCAGCAGCAGCAGCACCAUCGCCGACAGCAGUUGCAAUAUCAGCAGUUGCCCGAGGGCUAUCAUCCGCCAAACACCACGAAAUCCAUUGAAGAAGAAGCCGAGGAGGAGCGCCUAAAAACGGUUUGCUGCGCCUUCCAGAAGUACAUGCAGUGCUCGGAGUACACCGUACGGCAUGCCUGCGGCGACGAGACGGCGCUGUUCACGCGCAGAUUCCUCGACAAGAUGUCCAACACGCUGAUGCGGAUGCACUGCGUCGAUUACACGCCGGAAAGUGGCAAAUGUCGGGAUUACUUCAGUUCGAGCGCAUCCCCGACGGGUUCGUUUGUUCGCCCGUUCUGGGGUUCAUCAAAUAUCAAUAUGCUCACCGUGGUGGUCGCGGUCGUCAACGUCGCCGCGGCCCUACUGCUGCAGCAGCGUUCGAGCACAUUUAUUUAAUCGCCACCACCGUCGAUCGUAGACGAUCUUGGCGCACCGGGACUACCACGGUCCAGCCGAGUCCAUCGGCCACAGCCGGCCACCAUCAUCAUCAUCACCAGCAUCAUCGACGAUGACGACGAGUCCAGCUCAUGAACUCACCCAGCAAGCAGGCGUGUGUGUGUGUGUGUGUAGGGGGCAAUAAUAUGUAACAGGAGUGGCCGAUGCAGAUGUGAGAAUGGAAAACACCUGAAAAGAAAUGGCACACACAGUAACCACGGUAGGUGGAGCCGCGAGUUUGCACGUUGCAGCUAUAAGAAUGCAAAUGAAAAAAUACGAACGUAGAAUAAGCCCCCGCUGGCGCCCCGCCGCCUGCUGACGCUCACGAGUUUCACGGUUCAAGAUGGCGAGCGAUGGUAGUUGCAGUUCUAAAGAGGCAGCAGAAUGGGGCGUACUAACUGUAACCUAUGCAACGUUUUCCCUCCUGUAAUUUGUUUAGUUUAAUGUUCGCAUCGCACUCGCGCAACACAUUCGUUUAAAUGAUACUCAAAACCCGGUGAACGGUUACUGCCGUUGGCGCACGGAUCCGAACGAAUCGUCGCCGAAGCCGGAACUAGUGCUGUGCUGUGGCAAGCAAGCGAAAAGCUAAGUGAGCGUGCUUUCGUUCCGUCUGUUGUUAAGUUUUGUCACUCUAAAUGUACGAACAAAAGGUGUCACUAUUUAUUAGCGCUGCAAGUACUACACUCGAAAGAAAAUUUAAAUAAAACUUUAGCUUCUCCAAACUCUUUCCAAACUAUCGACAACAAAAACAAAUUAAAACGAAUCCUAAAGCUUAGACUCGCCCGUUCACACUCGAUAUCGAUAUUUUUGCUGUGGCCCAGGCGAGACAUAAAGAAAACCAAAAACUUUGUUAAUUCUUACCUAAAGUGUUGGUCGGAUACGAGCAGGAGAGAGAGAAAACGAGAGAAAGAGGGAAAGAGAAAAAAAGAGAGAUAAGAGUUUAGCUAACAAUGCCAAUGUCAUUGAUUGAAGUUGUAUAGGGAACAUGAAACAAUAGACGGAAUAAUGUGUAAAGCGUUGUAAGAGUUGUAGCAAAAAUUUAAAAAAAAACUAACAAAUAACAAAAGAAAAGCGAUACGAAGCACGCACGCAUGAGGCGCUACAAAAAAUGAGUAAAAUAAAACAAACCAAA